AUGGAACCCGUUAUCCAAUGUAACUGCAUAUGUGUUUUGCCUCUGCUGUCCGGCACCGGCGCCGUGACAUUCACAUCAUGCACCGACGCGCAGAUAUCCACUCUCGAGGUGGCCAUCGACCGGGCCACUAAUAAGUCCUAUGCGGCCAUAGAGCACCUGGAAGCGAACCCCAAUGGCAGCGAGAUCCAAACAACCUGGUACGGUGCUUUCAGCACGGAACGGUACAAUCGGGUCUUGACUGCUUUCAAGAAAUUCGCGCCCGACCUGGCCACAACAUUCAGAUAUGACUGCUCCUGCGUGAGCGACGCCGUCAUCGCAACGAUCGGUGGGACAUACGGAGACGUCAGGAUCUGCAGCGUGUACUUCAACGAGGCCAUUGUUCCGCCUUCCGGGCAGCAUCGUAACCAAUGGGACACGAUUGUCCAUGAGGCGACGCACUUUAGAGAUGUACUAGGCACUACCGACUACGGCUACGGUGUCGACUACUGUAAACAGUUUGCUCUGGAAGAUCCUGAAAAGGCUGUCAAGAAUGCUGAGUAA